CCGGCGGGGCCUUUGUGCGCAGGCGCGCUCGCGCUCCCGCCCUCUAGCUGCGCUCGGUUGAGUCAGUCAGUCUGUCGGAGUCCGUCCGCGGGGCAGGCGUGUGGCGGAGACUUCGCAGAGCCGAGCGCCCGAUUCUUCGGUUUCCCCUCCCUCGCUCCCGCCCCGCGUCUCUCUUCGCCCCUCUCCGGCCCUUGCUCGCGCAGCCAUGGCAGAGUCGUCGGCGGCCACUCAGUCCCCGUCCGUCUCCUCGUCGUCCUCCGGGGCCGAGCCGUCCGCGCCCGGCGGUGGCGGGAGCCCCGGAGCCUGCCCCGCCCUGGGGACGAAGAGCUGCGGCUCCUCCUGUGCGGAUUCCUUUGUUUCUUCCUCUUCCUCUCAGCCUGUAUCUCUAUUUUCGACCUCACAAGCACUACAUGGAGAAAAAGGCAAAGUGUUAGGCAGCCAUCCUGUUUUAGCCCAAGAAGGAAAGGAUCACUUGGCUCUUCUCGAUCUGAAAGCGGUGGAAAAGCCUCAGGGGACCAGCAGUGACAGAGCAGACUCCACUGCUGCGCCUUGUGACAGUCCUUCCAGUCCAGUCAGUUUCCCAGAACAUCCUGCUCCUCUCUCAAAGAAAACCGGCCAAGUGGAAGAGCAAGUAAAUAGAGAUCAAGAGUCUGAGGACGCAAAGGAGGCACCGACUGGGAAGAAGCAAACUGAAUCGGGUGCUGGUGGCAGGUUUACUUUGCUUACAGCGCAGAAACCACCCCCUGAGCAGUGUAAGGCAGAAGGCAUUUGUACGGAUUCCUUGUCCCCAUCUGAGGUUUCAGGAGGUAGCAAUACAGAAAAGGAUUCCCCUGAGUCACCAUUUGAAGUGAUUAUUGACAAAGCAGCAUUCGACAAAGAAUUUAAAGACUCCUACAAGGAGAGCAUGAAGGAGUUUGGUAGGUGGGCAGCGCACACUGAUGGAGAAUCAUCUGCAGACAGCUUGGAGAGCAAUGACAAAGUAUUUCCACUGAGAAAUAAAGAGGCAGGGCGUUACCCAGCCUCUGCGUUGCUCACUAGACAGUUUUCACAUACAACUGCAGCACUGGAAGAGGUUUCUCGAUGUGUGAAUGAUAUGCAUAACUUUACUAAUGAAGUAUUGACUUGGGAUUUGGUUACCCAAGUCAGACAGCAGGCUGAUAAAUCUUCUGACAACAUCACAAAAACUACAGGACCAGAUGUGAACGAAUAUCAUCCAGAAAUUCCAGUUGUAAAUCUUAAAACUAACGUUCACCAGAAAAUUCCCGUGUGUUCUAUCAAUGGGAGCACAUCCAUCACGAAAUCAAUAGGUGACUGGGCAGAAGCAUCAUUCCCACAAAAAAAUACCAUUGUUGAAAAACCUAUACCAGACCACCUCAGUUCCACAGAGGACGUCAGUAUGAAAGAUGUGCAAGGCAGUGUGCAGAAACAAGGUGGCACACCUUCAGAGUUGCCGCGAUCUCCAUUUGAGAAAUGUGUCUCCCUGGGUUCUGGAGUGGCCACGAUGAAAGUGGCUCUGCCUGAUGACCACCUGAAAGAUGAAGUGGGCUGGCAGAGCUCUGUGUUGGGAGAAAUCGCAGAGGCGGACAGUUCUGGUGAGUCUGAUGACACGGUAAUAGAGGAUAUCACAGUAGAUACACCACUGGAAAAUAACAAAAUUCAGGCUGAAAAUCCUGUUUCCAUGCCAAGUGCUGUUGUGAAAACAAGUCAAAGAGAAAUCAAAGCAGUUCCCAGUUCUAAGAGGGAAAAGAAAAUACCUGAGAACUUUGAAGAGUGGGUCAGUGACUCUGAGCCACAUCAAGGUCAGCCUGGUAUUCUUGGCAGAAGUCCUGUUGGUGAGGUGGUGUGUUCACAAGUACCUGAUGUGAAUGCCCUGCCAGAAGGUGGGACGCAUUCAGAAAGCAUCAGCAAAGGUGCUCCUGAAAAGCCUGUUACAACUGAGAACCCGAAACUUCCUUCCACAGCAUCUCCAAUUGUUCUUAAUGAAACAGAGGUGACAAAUUCUGCUUCUUUGGACUCAUUAUUCGGAAAAGAUGUUAAAGACAUAGAUGAUUCCUCCCCAGAGGAUCUGAUCACAGCCUUUACAGAAACCAGAGAGAAAGGAACAGUAGAUAAAGGAGAAAGAAAUGCCUUUGAAGCAGCAUCACAGAAGAUAAUAGACUUUAAAACAGCUCUGCCCACAGAAGCCUUACAUGAAAGUGAGUGUGGUGGUUCUGAAAUUAAAGACAUUAAAAGCAAAUACAGUGAGCCAAGCAAAGGAACAAAUGGCAGUGAGCUUCUGGAUGUUUUUCCUACCCAAACUAUUCCAGUGGCAUCUCUUGACUUAGAACAGGAGCAGCUCACAAUCAGAGCCCUUAAAGAAUUAGGUGAAAGACAGGUUGAGAAGUCAGAUUCUGCACAGAAUGGAGUAGAAUCUCCUUCUGAAGAGACACUCAAGCAAGCUUUUGCUCCAGAAUCUUGGCCACAGAGAUCCCGUGACAUCCCAGCACACACAGACGUCAAAACUGAAUCUGAUCUUGGGAUUUCUAAAAAGCCUACGAUUAACAAAGAAGCUAGUAGGGUAGAUAAUAUUUCCAGCCUUAGCAAGACUGAAGUGGUAAACACGCAUGCCCUAGCAAGACUUCUGACAAACUUCUCAGUGCACGAUCUGAUUUUCUGGCGAGACGUGAAGAAGACUGGCUUUGUCUUUGGCACCACGCUGAUCAUGCUGCUCUCCCUGGCAGCCUUCAGCGUUAUCAGUGUGGUUUCUUACCUCAUCCUGGCUCUUCUGUCUGUCACCAUCAGCUUCAGGGUCUACAAGUCUGUCAUCCAAGCUGUGCAGAAGUCAGAAGAAGGCCAUCCGUUCAAAGCCUACCUGGAUGUGGACAUCACCCUGUCCUCAGAAGCCUUCCACAAUUACAUGAAUGCCGCCAUGGUGCACAUCAACAGGGCUCUGAAACUCAUCAUUCGUCUCUUCCUGGUGGAAGAUCUGGUUGACUCCUUGAAGCUGGCUGUCUUCAUGUGGCUGAUGACCUAUGUUGGUGCUGUUUUUAAUGGAAUCACCCUUCUGAUUCUAGCGGAACUGCUGGUGUUCAGUGUCCCAAUCGUCUAUGAGAAGUACAAGACCCAGAUCGAUCACUAUGUCGGCAUCGCUCGGGACCAGACCAAGUCGAUCGUUGACAAGAUCCAAGCAAAGCUCCCCGGAAUUGCCAAGAAAAAGGCAGAAUAAGCACGUGGAAGCCAGAAAUGCAACAGUUACUAAACCCCACUUCCUAGUUAUAACGUCCUGACUUGUGAAGGCGCGUGCUCAGUGCCAGCGUGAGCCUGCAUUCCAAGCUUUGUUUUUUAAUUUGGUGUUUUCUCCCUUCCCUUCCCUUUGCCCUUAGUAUCAAGCACAAGAAAUGUUGGACUAGAAGAACUGAUAUCUUAGAGGAAUAAGGAAAGACUCAGAUUAGUGGGAUGGAUCAGUACCUUAGUGGUGGAGGACCGUUGCCCUGCAGCUCGGCAGGGGACAGGUGGGCAGUGAAGGCGGGGCGAAGGACCGAGCGACUCCUGCAGCUCCGCUGUAGCUCUGCCCUUGUUUUUAAGUUAAGAAGCAAUGAUUAACACAUGAAGAAGCUAUCUGAGGACAGGAGUGGGAUGCCUUCCCUGGGGUUCCCCAGAGCCCUGCGAUCCCAUCCUCCCGCCCUCCAAAGUGAGCAGCUAUUGCUAACAGUCCUCUUCUUCGCUUAAUGGAACAGCUUCCAACUCUGGAUAACCUAACGGGCUCGCGAGAAUUCCUGAUUCCCAGAGUGGAAGUGGAAAGUAGACUUGUCCUAGGGGCAGGAGGGCUCCGCCGUCUGGGAGGGGUGUCUGCGUGUCGCCAGUUCUGGGCAGUGAUGUGAGAACUCAUUCCUGGGUGUGCUCCCCUCUUCCCUGCCCACCUCCCCUCUUUAAUAAAUAUGGUUGUACUUUUCUUAUUAUGAAAUAAAUGUCUGUAACUGCUGUACACUGCUGUAAACUUGUUAGAGAAAAAAUAACCUGCAUGUGGGCUCCCCAGUUACCGAGUUAUUGUGACCCUGUCUCAGUCCGUGGGGGGAAUGGCCUCACAAGGUGACCUACAGAGACACAAACAACCUUGUUUCUUUGUGUUUCCCUUGUGACUUGCUUCAUCACGUGCUGCAUCUUUAACCUGUGUUCAUCAGUUUCGCCUGAGGACCAAAGCCAAGCCGUGCCACGUGACCACAGAUCAGUGUAGGGAAGUGCAGUUCAUGGUCUUAGGGAGUUGUAAGUGCUUUGUGCUGGCUUUAUGGGUCUGUGUUUUGAGGGUUCUUUCCAUUUGCAGGCACAAAGUGCCUCAGCUCUGCCCUGGCCCAGGGUGUCCCUGCGGGGAGUUUUCCAGGAAGUUCUAGGUGAAGGUGACCAGGCAGGGGGUAGCGCGUGUUGCGGGGCUGUGCGCAUGGAAGGAACAUCAGGUGCAGGGCAACUAGGAAGGUUUGGCUCCACUUUGAGACUAAGUUUCUUCCUCCCCUUCCCCAUGAGACAUCUGUGAACUUGAAAGAAAAGUCAUCCGAAAGAAAAGUCAUCCGCGAGCCCCUUCAGUCACGGCCACGCAGGGGCACUGAGAACUUCCAACCAAGUAAGGGCUGCCAUGUGCGAUGGUGGCAGGAAGCUGUCUUGUCUACAGUUUUUGGGGAAAUUUGCUUAGGAAUUUAGAUGGGUGAGAGGUACCCUUGCCUUACUCCACUUUCUUUUCUCAGUCCCCUCUCCUUGUGAUUGUUUGAUUUCACAUCGCAGUGGGAGAUGCACUCCGUCAUCCUCUGCCUCCCAGGAAGUCGAUGCACUGAUUGUCUUUUGGGCCCCCCCCAAAGGACCUCUGCACUGGACGCCUCCAGACCCAGCUUGUCUUCUGUUGCUGCUGUCUUUAGAUAAUUGGAGAGAUCUUUGUGCCACGCAGGAUUUUUUUUUUUAAAGAAAAACCUAUAGAUGAAAACAUUACUAAUGAAACUGUGCGUGUCUGUGCGUGCGACAUACGAAUACAGUAGCACCUACGGAGCUUGACUCUUGGUUCCUGUAAAACUGCAAAUUGAUGUGAUAUUAAUAAAGAAAAAACAGUGA